AAUGCUACACGCUAAAUACUUAAUGCUAGUAACUGUAAAGCUACGGAACUAACAGAUAAGUCUAACUUUACACUAAUUUUAGAGGUUGUUGGUAAUGUCUUAAUGUGUUUUAAAGGUACUUGUGUUUAUUAGGAUCACCAGAGACAUACAAAAAGAUCGUUUUUUAGUCAACUGUUUUAAUUUGUAAUUUAAUUGUAAUUUGUUUGUUUCAAACAGCCGGGAUGUGCUGACGUCAAGUCACGUGAUUAAAGUGUCUUUGGGAACAUUCCUACACUUAUUAAACAACGCCUCACUCGCGCUUCCCACCUCCGCCAGGCAGCAGCCUCCCUCUCGCCCUGCUCUUGUUGGACUGCAGCAUCGAGCGGCGGCGGCGGCGGCAUCGAGCAGCAGCAUUUCGGCGGCGUGCCUGCAGGAGCUCACACACGUCCCCACUCUCUGCUGAGAUGCCGUCUAAAAGAUAAGAUGGCUGCUGAACCCGUGCAGGACUGAUCACACUCCACGGGGCUCGACCUCCGCACUUAAUUAAAAGUGUCCCGGCAGUUGGUGGUUUGACCUGAUAAACCACGGGAGCGGCUCGUUACAAAACAGUUAGUGCCGAGCUUUGUCUGAGUCAAGAUGAAUGACGCGCACAACAACAGGACUUCCCUGGUCAAAGGCGCCAAGGACAUCGCCAAGGAGGCCAAGAAGCAAGCUGGCAAGAACCUCACCAAGGCAGCGGACCGCGCCUCGGAUGAAUACUCGGCGCACCGCAGCUAUAAUCAGUUCCAGAACGAGGACGACUACAAUUCCUACGGGCAGCCGGGCGGUGAACGCGACGAGGACGGGGCGUCCAGCGACGCCACGGAGGGACACGACGACGAGGACGAGAUCUACGAGGGCGAGUACCAAGGUGUGCCCGCCUGCCAGGACGCGCCGGUCGCCCUCGGCCAGCCGGCCAGCGACGGCCUGAAGAGCCACAAGGAGCUGGAAGGCGAGCGGCAGGCCGACGAGGAGGAGCUGGCGCAGCAGUACGAGCUCAUCAUGCAGGAGUGCGGCCACGGGAGGUUCCAGUGGCAGCUCUUCUUCGUGCUCGGCCUGGCGCUCAUGUCGGACGGCGUGGAGGUGUUCGUGGUGGGAUUUGUGCUGCCCAGCGCCGAGACGGACAUGUGCGUCCCCAACUCCGGCGCCGGAUGGCUAGGAAGCACGGUGUACCUGGGGAUGAUGUUCGGGGCCUUCUUCUGGGGGGGUCUGUCGGACAGGCUGGGCCGCAGACAGUGCCUGCUGAUAUCCAUGUCGCUCAACGGCUUCUUCGCCUUCCUCUCCUCCUUCGUGCAAGGCUACAGCAUGUUCCUCUUCUGCCGCAUGCUGUCGGGAUUCGGGAUCGGCGGCGCCGUGCCCAUCGUCUUUUCGUACUUCGCUGAGGUGCUGGCUCGGGAGAAGCGAGGCGAGCACCUGAGCUGGCUCUGCAUGUUCUGGAUGAUCGGGGGAAUCUACGCCUCGGCCAUGGCGUGGGCCAUCAUCCCGCACUACGGUUGGAGUUUCAGCAUGGGCUCCGCUUACCAGUUCCACAGCUGGAGAGUGUUUGUGGUGGUGUGUGCCUUCCCCUGCGUCUCAGCCGUGGUCGCCCUCACGUUCAUGCCGGAAAGCCCUCGAUUCUUCCUACAGAUGGGCAAACACGACGAGGCGUGGAUGGUCCUCAAACAAAUCCACGACACCAACAUGCGAGCCCGCGGAGAGCCGGAGAGAGUCUUCACCGUCAACCGCAUCAAGAUCCCCAAGCAGCUGGACGAGCUGGUGGAGAUGCGGAGCGAGUCCACCAACGCCGCCCUCAAAGUUCUCAUCAAAGUCAAGACAGAACUCCGGGGGAUCUGGUCCACGUUCAUGAGAUGCUUCGACUACCCCGUGAAGGACAACACCAAGAAACUGGCGGUGGUUUGGUUGACGCUCUCGUUCGGGUACUACGGACUGUCGGUGUGGUUCCCCGACGUGAUCAAGCACCUCCAGGCCGACGAGUACGCCUCCAGGGUGAAGAUUCACAACAACGAACGCAUCGAGGACUUCACCUUCAACUUCACCCUGGAGAACCAGAUCCACAGAAACGGGGUGUUCCUCAACGACAGGUUUAUCAGUAUGAAGUUCAAGGCCGUGUCCUUCAUCAACUCCUCCUUCAUGAAUUGCUACUUUGAGGACGUCUCCUCGGUGGGGUCCUCCUUCAAGAACUGCACCUUUGUCGACUCCUUCUUUUACAACACAGAUAUUGACGAUGCCAAGCUGACAAACUCCAGGGUAAUCAGCAGCUCCUUCCACCACAACAAGACGGGCUGUCAGAUGACCUUUGAUGACGACUACAGCGCCUACUGGGUCUACUUUGUCAACUUCCUGGGAACGCUGGCCGUGCUGCCCGGAAACAUCGUCUCGGCCCUCCUCAUGGACAAAAUAGGGCGUCUCAGCAUGUUAGGAGGCUCCAUGGUGCUGUCGGGCAUCAGCUGCUUCUUCCUGUGGUUCGGCACCAGCGAGUCCAUGAUGAUCUUCAUGCUGUGUCUCUACAACGGCCUCAGCAUCUCCGCCUGGAACUCCUUGGAUGUUGUCACCGCAGAGCUCUAUCCCACGGACAGGAGAGGCACCGGCUUCGGCUUCUGCAACGCCAUGUGCAAGCUGUCGGCCGUCCUGGGCAACCUGAUCUUUGGCUCGCUGGUGGGCAUCACGAAGGCCAUCCCCAUCCUGCUGGCGUCGUGCGUGUUGGUGGGCGGCGGCCUGGUGGCCCUGCGGCUGCCGGACACCCGGGCCAACGUCCUCAUGUGAAAGCUGAGUGCGUCGUUUACCAGGCCCGCGCAAACGACUUUACCUGACCGCCGCCGCACCCUCCUUAUUCAGAAAAAGGUUGCAACUUCACAUGGUUUGAAGGAAACGGCGAUUCAUUUGGGUUAGGUCUCCCUGUUCCCUUCAAAGUUGCAUCGCAUCCUUUCGUUCCGCUUCUGUGCCGCGUUACAUAGUUGGAUAAAAAAGUGUUUUUUUAUUUAUUUAUUUAUCGGCCGAUAAAUGCUUUAAAAUGUAAUAUCGGAUAUUAUCGGUAUCGGUUUCAAAAAGUAAAAUGUAUGACUUUUUAAAACGCCGCUGUGUACACGGACGUAGGGAGAAGUACAGAGCGCCAAUAAACCUUAAAGGCACUGCCUUUGUAUGCCGGCCCAAUCACAUAAUAUCUACGGCUUUUCACACACACAAGUGAAUGCAAGCAUACUUGGUCAACAGCCAUAUAGGUCACACUGAGGGUGACCGUAUAAACAACUUUAACACCGUUACAAAUAUGCGCCACACUGUGAACCCACACCAAACAAGAAUGACAAACACAUUUCGGGAGAACAUCCGCACCGUAACACAACAUAAACACAACAGAACAAAUACCCAGAACCCCUUUGUCAGGUUCAAACACUGAUGACAUCUAUUAAACAAGACAAGAGGCAAAGAAUUAAACAGAGACAAAAUUAAAUUUGGACUCAAUAUAUUGAGGAGAGUCGCCCGGACAUUGUAUCCUUCUACAAUCUCCAGCACGCUCUGCCAAAAGAUUGUAUGCCUCCUUCUUUUAUUUUGGACCGACCACAUGGCCACGGCUGUUUCCAAAGGACAAAGGUCGCAAAAAGUUCACAGAAAAGGUCGUAAACAAUUCACAGAAAAGGUCAGUUCAAAAAGAGUUCGUAAAAUACUUCAAAAAGCGGUCCAUAAAAAAGUUCAAAAAGAGUUUGUCUGGAAAUUGGGCAGAUCCUGCCAUGUCCGCUUUGAAGUCCUUGGGUUAGAACAAUAUCUUUCUGUUGAUUACCAUACAUGAGAGAAAACAGAAAACCCUUCAUGUGGCUUUCCCCCUUACACAGUGGAGUUUUACCAGCCUUCUUCUUGGUAGGUUUCAAAGACAGCUUUUGUCGUCUUGCUAGGAACUCAUUUCAACACAAAGUUUUUUGUGAUAACUUACAAACAAUUAUUCUAACACCCUUGCAGCACUAACUCUUCCGGGACGCUACAAUAUACACCCCAACCCCGCCCACCUCAUCCUCCUCAUGCUCUCUCAGGGAGAGCAUGUCCCAAAUUCCGAGCUGCUGUUUUGAGGCAUGUCCAAUAAAUAAUGCACUUUGUGACUUCAAUAAUAAAUGUGGCAGUGCCAUGUGGGCAUUUUUUUUUUCCAUAACUUGAGUUGAUUUAUUUUGGAAAACCUUGUUACAUUGUUUAAUGCAUCCAGCGGGGCAUCACAACAAAAUUAGGCAUAAUAAUGUGUUAAUUCCACCACUGUAUAUAUCGGUAUCAGUUGAUAUCGGAAUCGGUAAUUAAGAGUUGGACGAUAUCGGGAUAUCGGCAAAAAAGCCAUUAUCGGACAUCUCUAAUUUUUACACAUCAAAGCGGCAGCCCUUUUCUGAUGUGGGGUUUAAAACAAGCUUGCGUUAAUGAUGGCCGCCUCACACCUAAAGCUGCUUUUUAACUACGUUUUUCAAGCCGACACUGAGCUGUAGCUUUACCUUCGACAGCGGGAUUUCCUCUUAAGCAAGCGAGCGGCCGCGGAAGCCUCACUUCCUGUACUUUGCACGCGCCAAAUACUGUGACAAGUCUAUAUUAUUUAUACGUGUUUACGCGCUCGUCCAAUGGAAAGCAUGUACAGUAUCUGCAGGGGAAACCCAUUUUUUCUUUGUAUACAAAAAACAAGCACCUUUUCUGUAUAAAAAGAAAUAGAUUUGGCGAUACAUUGUUUGUUUUUUUGCUUUGUCGGCGUGUGUAUUUAUUUAUUUGUGCAGCCUUGUUGUCAUGGGAAUUUAGUAGGAUUUCAUGCAAAAAAGCCAAAAAUAAGGUUAACAGUAGAGAUCGACCGAUUAUCGGCCAGGAUAGUGCCGAUAUUUGGCAUUUGGACGUACAGUAGAGGCCAAAAUUUUGGACACACCUUCUCAUUUCAAUGUGUUUUCUUUAUUUUCAUGACUAUUUACAUUGUAGAUUGUCACAUCAAAACUAUGAAUGAACACAUGUGGAGUUAUGUACUUAAAAGGUGAAAUAACUGAAAAACAUGUGUGAUAUUCUCGUUUCUUCAAAAUAGCCACCCGGUGCUCCACUCUUGUAAUAUCGGAAAUUAUCGGUAUCGGUUUCAAAAUUAUCGGUAUCGGUUUCAAAAAGUAAAAUGUAUGACUUUUUAAAAUCAAAGCAAAAAGCCAAAAGUAAGGUUAACAGUAGAGAUCGACCGAUUAUCGGCCAGGAUAGUGCCGAUAUUUGGCAUUUGGACGUACAGCAUACUUGCCAACCUUGAGACCUCCGA